GGUUGUCUCUCUCUCUCUCUGUUUGAGGUGUGAUUAUAGGAACAAUAUUAACAUUUCCAAUGCACCUUUCUCUUUAAAGCUUUGUGCAAAGUCCAGUCCGAACGGGUUUGUGUCGCUGACAUACCACAAGCGAGAGCUGAAUCCUGAACCAACAUGGCGGCGGUAGACGUGGAAGACGAGAGUAUUUUGGCGUCUAUCUUUAAGGACAGCUUCCCGGACAGCUGGAGAGACAACCCGGACUUCACCGUCUACCUCUCUGAGCUAAGCUCCUUUGGGGUGGAGAAACUGAGCCGGGAGCCGGAGCGACUGGCGGAGGAGCGGGCUCAGAUCCUGCAGCAGACCCGGGAGCUGGCAUUCUCCAACUAUCAGACCUUCAUUCGCACCGCCGACUGCACCAAACACAUCUAUCGGGACUUCGGACGGGUGGAAAGUAGCGUGUCCCGGCUUUUGGACAAGCUUCCAGGCUUCGGGGAGAAAUGCAGGGGCUUUGUGAAGGAGGCAGAUGACAUAGGUGUCAGUCGUAGGAUGAACAGCCUGACGCUGAACCGCCACACUGAGAUCUUGGAGAUUCUGGAGAUCCCCCAGCUCAUGGACACCUGUGUCCGAAACGGAUACUAUGAGGAGGCUCUAGAGUUGGCAGCGUAUGCCAAGAGGCUGGAGAAGAAACACUCCUCCAUCCAAGUCAUUCAUGGUAUCGUGCGCGAGGUGCGCCAGUCGACUCAGCUGAUGCUCAACCAGCUGUUGCAGCAGCUGCGCAGCAACUCGCAGCUUCCUGUCUGCUUGCGUGUCAUUGGUUACCUGCGGAGGAUGGACGUGUUUACAGAGGCAGAGCUGCGAGUCAAGUUCCUACAGGCCCGUGGCACCUGGCUGAACUCCAUCCUGGCUGCCAUCCCCGAAGAUGACCCCUAUUUCCACAUCACCAAAACCAUAGAGGCCUGCAGAGUUCACCUGUUUGACAUUAUCACCCAGUACAGAGCUAUCUUUUCUGAUGAGGACCCACUGGUGCCCCCUGCUGGUGAGCAUGUGGUGGUGAAUGAAGGUGCAAUCUUCCACGGCUGGUUGGUGCAGAAAAUGUCUGAGUUUCUGGAGACAUUAGAGAGGGACCUGCAGCGGGGUGUGGGGGGGCGUCUGGACUCCCUGCUGGGUCAGUGCAUGUACUUUGGCCUCUCCUUUAGCAGAGUGGGGGCAGAUUUCCGCGGGCAACUGGCGCCCAUGUUCCAGAGGGUGGCAGCAGAGACAUUUGGCAGAGCUGUGCAAGAAGCUGUGGACAAAUUCCAAGAAGACAUGAACCUGUAUACACUAAUUGCUCUGCCUUCAGUACUGGGAGGGACCAUUCCCCCUGUGGCCCCCAGCAUCCAGCCUGGCACCCUGCAGCCCCCCAUGUCCCUGCUGGACUUCCAGCCACUGGCCUGCUUCCUCAACAACAUACUGACUGCCUUCAAUGACCUCCGGCUCUGCUGCCCUGUAGGCCUGGUCCAGGAUAUAACCAGGUGUCUGGAGGGUGCUCUGAAAAUGGUGACCCGUCAGAUUCUCGUGUUCCACCGGGCAGAGGAGUCGGCAUUCAGCAGCAGAGAGAAGGAGCUGUUUGUUCAGUUCUGUUGCUCGUACGCUGAAGACUUGCUGCCGUUCCUCAACCGCUGCCUGCAGGUCCUGUUUCCUCCAGCGCAGGUGGCCCUCAUUCUGGGCGUCGCUCCAACUCAGCUACAAAAGUAUGACAGUUUGGGUUGCAUUGACCUCGCUGCGGUCCUCAAGCCUCUGGACUUUGUGCUUCCACAGAGGGAAGCGUUAGCUCCACUGCCGGUGCCCGAGGUCGAUAUCUCCAGUGAGCUGAGCAGCCUGAAGUUUGAAACGCCACACGAAGAACGAGUAACUGAUCCAGAACCUUCAGUGACCCAGUCCAGUCCCAGAGAACCUGAGUCUGAGGCAACUGCUGAACCAACAGAGGCGAACUUUGACGAUCAAGAUGAGGAGUUUUCUCUGGAGUAACAGACGCUGGUGCGAAAGAGAAUCAAAUUAUUUCAUGAUCUCCCAAGUUUAGAGAGGAGUCUCAACGAACAAGUUGAAGAACUGCUGUAGUUUUUGGGACCUGGUGAUGGACAAUUUUACCUUUUCAGGAUUUUAUGAACUUAAAAAAAAGUGUAUAAGGAAAAAUAUUAUUUAACAACCAUACCAUGUUAAAUUAAUCUAUUUUGAUUACUGAAUAAUAAUUUUAGUUUCUAAUGUCCGUUAACACAUCUACUGCGUUUCAUUCACUCAGAUUUCAGGUACACUGAAUGUCGCUUUUGCAGGGAUGAUGUCAUCGACUGCAUAUGACCAAAUGAAUGUUAGAGAAUCACUGUUAUUUAUCAUGACAUCAGACAGUGUAAAUAAAAACACCAAGUUCUGACUCAUUUGUGUCUGAGAGGAAAACUGCAUGACGUUUUCAAUGACAUUUCAAAUGUUAAACUGUGACCUUUCUCUAGCUGGCUGCUGUAUUGGUUUCUAACAGUUUAAUGAAGUUGUAAUUCCAAAAUUAAGACUAACUUCCAAAGGAGAAUUUUGCAUUUCUUUUGUUGGUUUUCUUACAUGUUCUCUCGUCCAGAAUCUAUAAUUUCACAUCAGUUCAAUAUGCAUAGAGUAAAUCUGAUACAUGUUUAACAGUUCUUACUUUAUUAAGCCUUAUUUUAAUGAUGCAUUUUCUGGGCCUACUGUUCUUUUGGUACAGGGACAAUUCUUCAUUACAAAAAAUAAAUAAAUGGUCUUAAACUUA